AGUCCUCGGCGGUCAUCGUCCGUCAUCAAACCCCGUUCUUCCACAGUUCCCAAAUUUCGCACCAAAAACCUACACAGUCCAGUCCAAUCCAUUCCAGAUGGGCAAUUCGUGCUGCUGCUUCUGUAUCUGCAUAGAGCAAGCGAGCAUAGGCAUCUUGGAGAGGUGGGGCCGUUUCGAGAGGCUCGCCGAACCCGGUUUCCACCUCCUGAACCCAUUGGCCGGUCAAUGGGUCGCCGGCAUCCUCUCCACCAGGAUCGCCUCCCUUGAUGUCCGUAUCGAGACCAAAACCAAGGAUAAUGUGUUUGUGCAAUUGGUGUGCUCAAUUCAAUACAGGGUGGUGAAAGAAAAUGCUGAUGAUGCGUUUUAUGAGCUGCAAAACCCCAAAGAGCAGAUUCAAGCUUAUGUCUUUGAUGUGGUUAGAGCUCUGGUUCCGAGAAUGACACUGGACGAGCUCUUUGAGCAGAAGGGUGAGGUUGCUAAAGCCGUGUUGGAGGAGCUUGAGAAGGUUAUGAGAGAAUAUGGAUACAGCAUAGAGCACAUGCUGAUGGUUGACAUUAUACCUGAUGCCUCUGUCCGCAAGGCAAUGAAUGAGAUCAAUGCAGCUCAAAGGCUCCAGCUAGCCAAUGUAUACAAAGGAGAAGCAGAGAAGGUGCUUCAGGUGAAAAGGGCAGAAGCUGAAGCUGAGGCCAAGUACCUUGGCGGAGUUGGUGUUGCCAGGCAGAGGCAGGCAAUCACCGAUGGAUUAAGAGAGAACAUCUUGAAUUUCUCAGGCAAGGUGGAAGGCACCUCCUCAAAGGAGGUGAUGGACCUGAUCAUGAUCACUCAGUACUUUGACACAAUCAAAGACCUCGGAAACUCGUCCAAAAACACUACAGUUUUCAUACCCCACGGUCCGGGACACGUUAGGGACAUCGGUGAUCAAAUACGCAACGGACUAAUGGAGGCAUCUAGUGCUCAGCUAAACGCCGAGUGAAUACGUCGUUUGGAUAAAUUCUUGAUCACAAUACUUUUUUUUUAUCGAAUUCGAGUUGACACGAGCAGGUUAGGGUUGUUACAUAAGAUAUAGUUUAUGCAAUCCGAUUCGUUUAAUUUUGUUUGCAUUUCUUUUGGAAUGAAGAACAUGGUAUGUACUUGCACCAUGUCGACUCUGUGUAUAUAAAGAAACAGUAAUGCAGCCCAAUAUACAUAGGUCUGAAUAAAGUUAUUAUUUUGAAUGAAUGUUAUUAGGGA